CUUUUUUUUCAACUUUUUGAUGUGUUUGACAUUGUUUGAAUUAUACCCCCAAUGUUCAAUUUUACUUCACCUACUACAUACAACUGGUAAAUUCUCAAUCUAUUAGACUAUUACUUACUUAUCUAUCAUUCUUCUAAGUCAAGGUUGCCACGACCAGAAAUGCGUAGGACAAUCCUAUUUUUCGUGUUGUUUCUGGUGGUGGAAUCAGCUGAAUUUUUCCCAAAUGAAAGAGAUGCUUUGUUGCAGCUGAGAGAUAGUGUAAAUUCAAGUGUUCUUGAUUUACAUUCACAUUGGACAGGGCCUCCUUGUUACAACAACCAGAGUAAAUGGGCUGGAAUUUUGUGUUCUAAUGGGCAUGUAAAUCAACUUGUUUUAGAAGGAAUUCAGUUAACUGGCUCACUUCCACCAACAUUCUUGUUGCACAUAACUUAUUUGACAAAAAUCAGCUUUAGGAACAAUUUAUUGUAUGGUCCUGUUCCCAAUCUCACAGGACUAAUCUACCUGGAGUUUGUUUUUCUGUCAGAUAAUCGAUUUUCGGGUUUGAUUCCAUUUGGGUACACUGAGUUAAAGAAACUAACAGAAUUAGAGCUCCAGGGGAAUGAUCUUGAAGGUUCAAUUCCACCAUUUGAUCAACAGACUUUGAUUGGUUUCAAUGUGUCUUCGAAUAAACUCGAAGGACCUAUACCUGAAACUCCUGUCCUGAAGAGAUUUUCGAAGAGUUGUUAUGAGAAUAACGCGAAUUUGUGUGGUGAAGUUGUAGGAAUACCUUGUUCAAUAUCACCUGCAAGCCCACCUAAAGCACCAAGUGAAAAGAAAAAGAAUGGCCUUAAAGUAUGGAGUAUUGCUUUGAUUGCAGCAGCAGUAGCAGUACUUGUUCUAAUUUCAAUCAUGUUCAUUUUGUUCCGUUACUUUAGAAAAUCUAAAAGAAUGGAAACACAAGGAGAAGACAAACAAGGUAAUAUUUCAAUAGAGAAUGUGGUAAAGAGAAGUUAUUGGUCUAAGAGCACAGAAGAUCCAGAAAAAACAUUGGACUUAAUAUUCUUUGAAAAGGAUAUGUCAGUCUUUGACAUGGAUGACUUGUUAAGAGCAUCAGCUGAAGUUUUAGGAAAAGGAAAGCUAAGCACAACAUAUAAAGCAAUCCUGGAAUGUGGUUCUGUUGUUGCUGUUAAGAGACUCAAAGAAAUGAAUUCUUUGAGCAAAAAGGAAUUCACACAACAGGUGCAGUUGCUUGGGAAAUUGAAACAUGGAAACCUUGUGGAGAUGUUGUCCUUCUACUAUUCCAAGGAGGAGAAGCUCAUUGUUUAUGAAUAUGUUCCACAAGGAGACUUGUUUGGGCUCUUACAUGAAAACAGAGGAAUUGGGAGACAACCACUAAACUGGACAGCAAGAAUAUCCAUCAUAAAAGAUGUAGCAAAGGGUCUAAAUUUCUUGCACCAGUCCUUACAAUCACAUAAGGUGCCACAUGGGAACAUCAGAUCAAAAAAUGUUCUAAUCCAGCAAGACCAAAGCAAGAACUACCAUUCUAAGCUGACAGAUUAUGGAUUCUUUCCUUUGCUACCAUCUAAAGAAUCCUUAAGAAAAAUAGCAGUAGGAAAAUCUCCAGAGUUCUCUCAAGGGAAAAAGUUAACAAGAAAAGCUGAUAUCUACUGCUUUGGUAUUCUUCUGUUGGAAGUUAUCACUGGAAAAGUACCAGGUGAAUUGUUUUCACCAGAAAAUGGGGUUACUAGUUAUGUUGAUGAUGAUUUGUCAGAGUGGGUAAGGACAGUGGUGAAUAAUGAUUGGUCAACAGACAUUUUGGAUAUGGAAAUACUUGCACAAAAAGAAGGGUAUGAUGAAAUGUUGAAGCUUACUGAAUUGGCUUUGCAGUGUACAGAUGAGGCACCAGAAAAAAGACCUAAGAUGAGUGAAGUGCUGAGAAGAAUUGAAGAGAUUGAGCUCGAACCAAAGAAUUUAGUCACUGAUGUGGAAGAUGAUUCAGUCUCUUACUUGAAGACUUGAACUUUCCCUCCUAAACUGUAAUCAAGCCGUAGCAGCAACAACAAUAUAUCCAGUAUAAUUUCAUCAGGUAAAGCCUGAACAAUAUAUUCAGUAUAAUCUCAUCUACUGGAGUCGGGGUCUGAAGAGAAUUUCAAGUUGAGU